CCACCGCACAGGCCAAGAUGGCGGCGCUAGUGAGAGGCUCGGCCUUGGUCACGCGCCCAUUGCUGACGGUAUUCCAGAGUUGGGACAUCGACGCGCGUCGGUGGGUACGAGCGCUGCGGCGGACCCCGGUGAAAGUGGUGUUUCCGUCGGGACGGGUGGAGGAACGGAAGCCCGGAACUGGGAAGCAGCCCCGGAAGGCGGCUGAGACCAGUCCCCACGAGCAACGAUCGAAGCAGCCAUGUCAAAUGCGCCCAGCCCAGGCGCCCAGCACCUGGGAAGACUUGGGGCUUCGCUACGAUAAGGCUUUACCCGGCGACAAGAGGUUGAGCAGCGCGAUGACAAUUGUUAAGUCCAGGCCUUUUCGGGAAAAGCAAGGGAAGAUUCUGCUGGAAGGUCGCAGGCUGAUUGCAGACGCACUCAAGGCUGGUGCUGUGCCACAGGUUUUCUUCUUUAGCCGUCUGGAAUAUAUAAAGGAGCUGCCAGUUGACAAGCUGAAAGGUGUCAGCCUCAUUAAGGUGAAAUUUGAGGAUAUCAAGGAUUGGUCCGACCUAGUAACACCACAAGGAAUAAUUGGGAUUUUUGCCAAACCUGAUCAUGUUAAGAUGACAUACCCAGAGACUCAGCUUCACCAUUCACUACCCUUAUUAUUGAUUUGUGACAACCUCCGUGACCCUGGGAACCUGGGGACAAUUCUGAGAUCGGCUGCUGGCGCAGGCUGCAGCAAGGUGUUACUCACCAAAGGCUGUGUGGAUGCCUGGGAACCCAAAGUGCUGCGGGCAGGUAUGGGUGCGCAUUUCCAGGUGCCCAUCAUCAACAACCUGGACUGGGAAGCAGUGCCUGACUACCUGCCCCCUGACACCCGGGUUUAUGUGGCUGACAACUGUGGCCUUUAUGCCCAAGCCAGGAUGUCUGACAAAGCCAUUGGCCACAGCCAACAACUCUUGAAGUUUGACAAAUAUGAGGAGGAAGAGGUGGAGGAGGACUUAGAAACUGAAGCCAGUAAAGGUUGGCUGCCUGAACUUGAGGUCCAGAGUUACGACUUGGACUGGACAGAGGCACCAGCCGCUGUGGUGAUAGGUGGAGAGACUCACGGUGUGAGCCUGGAGUCCCUGCAAUUGGCCGAGAACACUGGAGGCAGGAGGCUCCUGAUCCCCGUGGUGCCUGGUGUGGACAGCCUAAACUCCGCUAUGGCUGCGAGCAUCUUGCUUUUUGAAGGGAAAAGACAACUGCGGAUAAGGGCAGAACACUUCAAUAGGGACAGGUGUUACCACUGACAGAGCCCUGGAAGGCAGUCCUUGAAGCUGAGAUUGUCUUCCAGCUCCUCCUACAUUGUUAGGAAGGUGACAGAGUCAGUAAUUGUGAUUUCCCAGGCCAUGUUCAGGAGACAGGCAUGAUACCAUCAUGUCGUUACUGGAAAAAUAAGAAUUUUCAUGAAUCUGCUGAUCCUCAAAAAACAACAAAGGUCAAAAUUCUUCCUGAAAUUUUCCAUUUCCCCACCAGUUCUUAUUUUUAUACACACAGACUUUUUUUUUUUAUGGCGACAACCUAAACAAAUGGUCUACAUGACUUUGUAUGCAUAUUAGAAGUUUUAAGAAAUUGUCUAGGAGGAUUUUUGUUUCCAGAAAGUCCCUGAAGGCAUCAUCUUGGGAAGGGAAGACUGUUUCUUGUGAAUGUUUUGCAGUCAUCAAGUACUGGAUAUGGGCUAGGCCCACUCGCUUACUUCUGAUGGUUGAUCGAUGGAAAAUAAAUUGUGGAAAUCAGCAUAUUACAUUAAAAAGUUUUAUUUCAG